UUGAUGAAACUUGUGGACACUUCAUCUUUCCCAUCGACCUCCUAUUGGGCCCACGUCGGCAGAGACACAUGACAGCAUCUUCCUCCUAUCAUUAUUAAAAUCGCAAAAUAUUUUUGCCUUGAAACAGCUAAAUUUUCAUGGUGUAUAUCAUUCCACGUGUCUCCCUCUCACUCGUCAAUACCUAGAUUUCCCCCUCUCUUGUCACUAAAUAGAUAGCCAAACACAUCCCAAAACCGAAUCAAGAACCAACUGUUGCAGUACUCCACGUUCAGUCCCAAAGAUACCCAAAACCCAAAAAAAAAAAAACUUUUCCUUUCAGAGAGAACUGCACGAGGGAAAAGAGAAGGAAAAAAAAAUAAUUAAUUGCUUUGAUUUGUGAGGAUGGGAAUUGAGAUAGCGAGCGCCAAAGGCAUCACGGGAGGCUGGGACAUGGCUGCAAGGACGUGCGACACAUGUAAGUCAGCUGCAGCGGCUAUUUUUUGUCACGCUGAUUCGGCUUUUAUGUGCCUGGACUGUGAUUCCAGGAUCCACUUUGGUAAUGACAAACUCGUUUCUUCUCGCCAUGAGAGGGUGUGGAUGUGCGAGGUGUGCGAGCAGGCCCCAGCUGCGGUCACUUGCAAGGCCGACGCGGCUGCCCUUUGCGUCAUGUGCGAUGCCGACAUCCACUCUGCUAAUCCUCUGGCACGUCGCCACGAGCGUCUCCCUGUGGAGCCUUUUUCUGACUCUGCUGAUUCGAUUGUCAAAUCUUCUCCUUUCAGCUUUCUUGUGCCGACUGAUCAUAAUGGUACUAAUUGUGAACAAGAAGAUGUAGACCUAGGUUCUUGGUUUUUGUCCAAUCCUAAUCUCAAUCACAAACUCACCAUGGAAACUAACGAAGUCAAAACAGGGGAUUUGUUUUCGUCUGAAAUGGAUCCGUUUAUUGAUUUCGAGUACCAGAAUUCGUUCAAACAGCAUCAUAACGCAGCUAUGGAUAGCGUAGUUCCUGUUCAGACCAAACCAGCAACAAUUCCAGUGAUCAACAAUGAAAAUUGUUUCGAGAUUGACUUCUGUCGACCCAAGCUCCCUACUUUCAGCUACCAAACUCAGUCUCUCACCCAUAGUGUUUCAUCAUCGUCGCUUGAGGUGGGAUUAGUUCCAGAUGGGAAUUCCCUGUCCGAUAUCUCGUACCCUUUCGGACGAACCAUGACUGAUCUAAGCGUACCUAUCUCGGCAACUACGAUCAAUAACCAAGCACCCCAAGUAGGUGGAAUCGAUCGAGAGGCUAGAGUUUUAAGGUACAGAGAGAAGAGAAAGAACAGAAAAUUCGAGAAAACGAUCCGCUACGCUUCACGAAAGGCCUACGCUGAGUCAAGGCCUAGAAUCAAAGGCCGUUUCGCCAAAAGAACCGAAAUCGACAACGAAGUUGACCACAUCUAUAAAUCCCCUUCUGCCGCUGCAGCAGCUUUCAUGUCCGACAUGCAAUACAGUGUCGUCCCAUCCUUUUGAGGGUUGAUGAAUGAAUCUGAUAAAGAGGAAAAGAAGAAAAAGAAAAAGGGGCUGUUUGUUUAGCUAUGAUCCAGUAAUAUUCAACCGUGAUUUUUAUCCAGCACGUAGAAUAAACCUAGGGCCGUUGAUAUUAAGGAAAGCAAAUGUCUAGUUUCUAAUUAUGGUUAUUGAUGUAAAUAUAGUGUAUCGUUGAAGUUUUUGUUAGCCGUUGAUUUGCAGGAUUCAGGAUGAUAAGCUGCAAGCAGAUGUUAAGUUUUGGCUAAAGUUUAAAUGAAAAUUUUCUUGCA